AAUUCGUUAAUCGCAUAAAAAAUACAUCACCUUUAAACUUAAAAGUAAUUUAAUUACCUAAUUUAAGUGUAUUAUUUAUGAUCGUAAUAGCCAAAAGACCCUCCAUAGUCAAAAGUUAAGAACUGCAAUGCCUCGAAAACCUUGUUACUGGACGCGUAAACUAGAAUUAAAAUUGAUUGAUUUCGUGCAUCAAAGAGACUUCGUAUGGAAACCAGUAGGAAAUACUAACCACGAUAUUCAGAAAAAGUAUAGGGCUUAUGCGGAGUUCGCCGCUAAAUUGGGUCGAGGAUUUACAGCACGAUCUGUAAGAGACAGGUGGGUGAACAUAAGAAGCACAUUCAAUCACAACUUGCGUCGAGUAGAAAAAUCUAUGAAAGUAGCUAAAUCGUCAACAGAAAUCUAUGUUCCAUGCUGGCCAUUGUGGAAACCUCUACAAUUCUUGAAGGAGAUAUCCAAGAAAGAACCCAACAAUAUAGAGAACUUUACUACUGCAGAAAAUUAUAGUGAGGAAAUUAAUGAUGCCAUUAAAAGAGAAUGCGCUGUGAAUAAUGAUCUGGAAAUUAAAAUUCGACAACGAAGUCAAAGAAGUGAUAGACCUAGGAGAAAGAAAGUGAAAACUCUUAAUAAGAAUGGUAGUAAAUGUAUGAGGAUAAUUGAUGAUCUUGUGAAAGCUGUGAAUCCUCUUGCAAAUGCUGUAGGGAAGACAGAAGAUGAAAGAUAUUGGUUUUUCGGUAAACACGUUACAGAACAACUCAACACUAUGAGGACAAAUGAUGCAGAAUGUGCUUGUCAAGAGAUAAUGACAUUAUUGGACGAGUGGCCAUUGUGUGAUGAUCCUUAAAAAGAUCUAUCAUUGGCACAUACAUUUUCUUCAACCGAGCAUACCAAGCUACCAGCAGGUCCAAAGCAAGAAAUGAUUUGUUGUAGAGGAAAAUUUUUGGCAAAGUAUUCUGACUAGGUCUAUACUUUCACAUGACAUAAAGUGUGUAAUCCAUCCUAGAGUAAAACAUUAACUCAUUUACCAUGAAUGAUCUGCUAAGAGUAUGUUGAUUCCAUGCUGAUUGAAGUGAGUAAACACAUGCAGAUUGAUUACAAAGCAUUGGCCUUAGAUUCAGAAUCCUCCAUGAAGAUUUUAGCUAUAUAGAAAAAACAAACUGGUAAUAUGUUAGAGCUACAUAUGGAACAGGACAUCUUCGGCAAUGUUAUAGGAAUGACAACAUUUUAAGGCCAUCUCUGAUGUAUGGAACCGAGUUCAAUGUAUAUAGUGACAUACUGCGACUGUCAGUGAAAGCCCCAUCAAAAUCUUUCCAGCCACUCCAGAGAUUAGCCGGAACAAACAGACAGACAACAAAUGUUAUUUUGGUUUACAGGGCAGGUGAUGGCACCGGAGGCGUCUCCUGGUCCCUCCUGGCCGGGGACGAAGCGGAUCCCCACAUUUCUGAUCUGAAAACAAAGCUAGAGAUACUGUUUUGCUGUUAAAAAACCUAAAUAUAUUGAAAAGUACCAGAAUACACACCUUGGGAUUUCCACUAUCGGUGCGAGCACCCUUACCCUCUUCGGGUGCAUCGGCGUCUCCAUCGCUCGACCUGCCGGCAACGCCUCUAUUGGCAUAGUGACGAGUC